GCAUCCAAGCAACAUUUAGGUCAUGAAUUAUCUGAAGUCUUGCAAGUUUUCGAUGAAAAGAAGGAUAUUUUUGCAAAGGAAACAAAUGAAUUAAAUUACACAAUUUAUCCAACCUACCAGGGCAUUGCCUCUGAUGUACAAAACAGAAUGAGUCAGUUAGAAAAGGAAUAUGGAGAUCUUUCAACAGCCAUAGCAAAACAUGGAGAGGACUGGCACAGAGAAAUUGACAAACUUGUCAAGAAACUUAAAGCUGAAGUUGAUGAGAUGAAAAAUACGCAGUUACAAACUCUUCAGAAACAAUUGGAUGAAAUAAAAAAGACAAUAUCUGACAUCACAGAAGAAAUUGAUUUGAUUGAAACUGCAAUAAACACCAAUGACUUGUCAAAACUAUCUAGUGUCAUGUCUAAUGUACACACAUACAGAAAUCUUCCACACAAAAUCAUACCAUUGUUACCCAAAUUCAUUCCAGGAAAAAUUCAUUGGGAAGAACUAAGUAAAAUAUUUGGAGCCUUAUCAUCAAAUUCUUUAAAAACAGAUGAACAUGGCUAUAGCAUGAAGACAACACAGAAAUCACCAGAAGCUGGAUCCUAUCCUCCAGUCAAACAGCUGCUUGAUGGACCAGAGACUGUCACCACAAUAGACACUGGGUAUAGAGAUAACCUUUACAAUGUGGUCUGUUUGAGUGAUGAAGAAAUCUGGACAAAUGGAUGUGACAGCACCAUGAAACUCUACAGCAUCAUUCAGGGAUCACUACUCAAGUCAAUCACAACCAAGUCAUGGAAAAUACCAUUUGACAUAGCAGUGACAAAAAGUGGAGAUCUAGUUUAUACUGAUACCAGUGAUAGAACUGUGAACAUUGUGAAGAAUGAGAAGAUAGAGAAGGUUAUCCGAAUACAGAACUGGAGACCUCGCAGUGUCUGUAGUACAUCCUCUGGUGACCUCCUGGUUAUCAUGGACAGUGAUGAUUACAAACAAGCAAAAGUUGUCCGUUACACUGGCUCAACAAAGAAACAGUCCAUUCAGUUUGAUGAUAAAGGUAGACCUCUCUAUUCCUUUGAUAGUUAUAGAAAGUAUAUAGCAGAGAACAAAAACCUGGAUAUCUGUGUGUCCGACAGUGGAGCUAAAGCAGUAGUAGUGGUCAAUCAGGCCGGGAAACUGAGAUUCAGGUACACUGGACAUUCUCCUGCUCUGCAGAACAAACUAUUCAAACCACUAGGAAUUACCACAGACAGUCAGAGUCACAUCCUUACAGCUGAUGUUAACAAUGACUGUGUCCACAUCAUAGACCAAGAUGGACAGUUCCUCCGUUACAUAGACUGUGGACUGAGUAGACCCUGGGGACUGUGUACAGAUACAAAUGACAAUCUGUUUGUUGCGCAAUUGUUGAACAUACAAGUAAAGAAAAUCAAGUAUCUGCAUUGAAUCUGUGACCAUUAUUACAAUAACAUAUGACAAUGAUUUAUCAUAUAAAACUUAUCGAAAUGAUUCACUCUUAAACUGUUUCCAUGGUUU